AUGGCUGCGGCGGCCGACCCCCCUCCUCCCCACUCCCCCCGCUCGGGGAGCCUCCUCAGGCGGAGGAGGCGACAACAAAGCGGCGGCGGCGGCGGCGGCAGCGGCAGCGGCGGCUCCUCAACAUGGCAGCGCCGAGCGCGGCCACUUCCGGUAACCUCCGGGACGCACCACCGCGGCGGCGAGCGCGGGCGGGGGGGGAGCCCCGGCCCGGCCGCCGCCGCCCCCAGCCGCCUCGACCCCCUCCGGGCGUCCCCGCCGCCGGCGCGCCGCCUCGGAGCUCAGCCAGUGCCCGCGGGCGGUGGGGUCAGGGCGCCCGCGCGGGGGCUGGGGUGGGGCCGGGGGCGGGGAUGGGGCGCGGCGUCCCCCCCCGCGGGGGUGUGUGAUGCUGCGGUCCGUGGCUCAGGCAGCUGGAGCAGGGGGAGCUCAGGAGAGAAGAUGGAGGACGCCAGGGUCUGGCGCUGGCCCACUGGGCACAGCUGGGCUGCCUCUCGUGACUCUGACUUGGUACCCGGCGGCGUCGCGUCCCUCUCAUACCCCCAGCGGCAGUCAGAGCUCCGGUUGGUCACCUGGCCCUUCAACCGGUCAAGCACUUCACAGCUUCCACCUACGACCUAGGAUGUUGGCUCCUAGUGUCCCCUA